AUGAAUAAUAUUCGUCGAACAGCAACUCACUCAAAUCAAUUUUUGUUUACAAUAUUUAUUGAACAUUCAUGUUUUCCACAUCCAAUAGCUGCCAAUGCAAUUGAAGUGAAUUUAUGUAAUAUGAUAUUUUGUAUAACAGUCGAAAAAAAAACGAUGAGCGAUUGUCGAAGUCUUGCUUCAUCAGUAGCAGGUUGCCAUUUAAGAAAAAAGAUUCGUUUGCAAGAUAAAGUACCCGACGCCGUUGAAAUUAGGAUAGAAUUUGGACUAUUUUUUUCUUCAACAUUAUAUGUAGAUUUAACUUCAUUACCAGCAGCUUCUAUUAUUGACUGUUUUUAUAAUUUCGAUGAUGAACUUCCUACUAUAAUAACGUCUACCUAUGAAUAA